GUGGAGGGCGUAUCGAUCAUUCCACCCGGUGUGCAGUGAUGACUUUGAUUUCUUAUUACACCCUGUUAAGCAGAGGUCCCUCACCACCUGUUACCAAGGGCAACAAGCAAAUGGCUUCAAGAGGGACUGAGAUGCAUCAUCUCCAUUGGACACACACACACACACACACGGACACACACACACACACAUUCUCUCCCCUUUGAGUCCCAUCCACAAAAUAUCAGCGGUAUUGUAUCAUUAGAACUGUCUAGUGUAAAGUUGUAACAUUCCUCCCAUGAUAAAAUGCUCUCUGCCAUGGUUUUGUGAGUCAUUGGGAUUGUUUAUGGUUAUUCCGCGAGGAUGUUCAGCACUCUUCAGUCGGAACUAAUGUCUUCUGUGACAGACUGGAAAUGGCCUGAUUGGUUGGGCGACAGGAAGAAGUGAAUAAUUGAAUUUCUUAACAGGAAGUGAGGUCACACCCAUUGAUCACAAGUGACGGUUCCGACCUAACUGUCAGGCUGAUGGAUGAGAAAUUACAGAAAAGAUGACAAGAGACCAAACAGGCAGAGAGAGGAAAAAAGAGGGGAAUAAAGUAGUGAAAGAAUGAAAGAAUAGACAGAACACUGGUGAGAAAGUGAGACGGGGAGAAAGUCAGGAGGCCUAAUACAAACAGAAGGAUUGGCGAGGAGGGCGUGCUUGAGAAAAAGGGAUGGACAUUUAGAGGGGAGUUGAGUGGAAAGGAAAAGAGAGGAGGAAGGAAGUGGAGGUUCAUUAAGUCGGAGAAGGAGUGGAGUCAAUGAAUCAUGGCCUAACGAGGAUGAGCCUCAUUACGACCCAGUGUUGCUACGGGGACGGAUUGAGAAAAGGGAAUCUGUUAAGGCAGGCUGGGAUACUCGUUAGAACUCAUUUAUCAUUGGUCACGUAAUCAUGUCUGCUAGCGUUCAGGCCCAAUCUUCUUGAGGAGACAUUUUUGUUCUUGAGGGACACAUUGAGAGAAGUGUACCUGUGGUUUAAGUCCGAUUGAAGAGAAGAUGGGCUCGAAGAUUAAUGAGAAAAUGGGCACCUCGGAACUAGGAACUCAAACUAGCGGGAAAGAUAGGUGCUCAUACACCCAGACAGGUCACUUCUGAACAUUGGACUAAUCCAGAGUACAUUUUCUGGAGCACCCAUUCGUCUUUGCACUCACUUUAGUGGAAGUCUGACAGACGCCAUUUAAAAUUUCUCUAAGGGCUCACUUGACGAAAACUUCUCCAUCUUGUAGCCUUUUUAAAAAUUAUUAUUCUGAUGGUAUACACAGCAUCGAGCCCUAUCAUAUCAAACUUGAAAUGCGUUAAUUAAAUGGAGAUGAACAAAACAGUUGAACAAAGACACUGUCAUUACACACAUUGCUAUUGUAUUUUGUACUGAUAGCUGAUGAAAAAUCUUGUAUGGCUCAGUUUAGUCAGCUGGAGUGUGUCCAGAAUCUACGCAAAGAGAUGCUGUCUGUGUUGGGCUACGCCAUCUCUUUGUGCUGAUAUGAUUUGGCUUAAAAACCCAAGAUCAGAUGAACCCUCUCUGAACUCUCUGUAGUGACUUUGCAGCAAAGUAUUAAACACGCACACACCUACACACACCUGUCACUGCAUCAGCCAAUUGUAAACCCAUUCUAGGAUUGCAGCCUCCUCAGAACUUUAUUGUAUGUAGAUUGUCUUUGUCUUUCUAUUUGCCCUCUUUCAGUUGAACUUUUCUUCAACUUCUCUGUCUCGUCUUAUUUGUUCCAGUCUUUCUUGCAACCCAGGACUGUGUGAGUGUGUUUGCCUCAAAAAGCAUCUUGCUUCAAUCAGUUGAAUCCAGUUCAGAAUACAAAUUAGUACUUGUAUUUUAACAGCAACAGUUCCCACCUAGACUAGUUUUCAACAAUAAUUUUUUACAGUGAGAUGUACAAUAGGCUUGAUCAUUUUUCAUCUUCAUCUAUACUGUUAAUAAGGGUUGCACAUCAGUAACUAGCUAGCUUGCUUUGGUGAAUGUUAGCUAUUAGCUGUGUACAAGACAAGGGGAUUGUUUGAAAGAGAAACUCACAUCUACUACUAUGAGAGUUAGUUAGUACUCCCUUAUUUAUGCUUAUCAUCACCUGUUAUAAAAUGACAACAAUGCCUUGCUAGCUGACUUACUUUUCCACUGUGGAAGCACUGUUUCCUGAAGCACUGUUUCCCGAAGCAUUCUGCCCUUUUCUGAAAGAACUCCCUGGGUUUACCAUCGUGCUGUGGAUGUUCGGUCAGGACGUGUCAUUUUAUUAAUUUGUUUGCUUUGAGAGAAUCAUUACUAACAUUCACCACUUCCCCACACAAAACACUUUGUGGGUGCUCCUCGUUAAUUCUCAAAGUUUGUAUGAAAGAGAGAGAAACUCAUCCCCGUGUUUGUGUUUCAUGACAAUUGAACAUGUGGCUAGCAUGAGUCCAUUUGAUGACAGCGGUGAGUGAUGGCGAGUGGGAAGGACAAGUCAGUGGCUGACAGCGCAUCAUCUGCUGCUGAACGACAGCGCUGCAUCGUGUGUCGCGGAGUGAUCUUCAAGAACACUGCAGAAAAAAAGAUCCGGACCUUGCUGAGGACCACUCUGCGGGGGUCCACCCCCACCUCCCUCUCUUCUUCCUGAACCAUUGUGAACUUCAACGAUAGUGACUGAUUGGACACUGCAUCUGCCAGUCUCAGCUGAUUCUAGACUACAGGGCCCCCGUGGAUCUGAGCCACACACCAUGACUUGCUAAAGCCCCACUUGCUGCUACCCACCCCCCUUCUCCUCAUUGAAGAUGGUCCCUCUGGAACGGACGAGGUGGCGCCUCCUGCUGGCAGCCCUCACACUCACUUCCUGUCUACUGUCCACCUCAGCCACAGCCCCGCCCUUCCCAAAAGACCUGGAGCCAAUCAACGUUGUCCGAUGGGAGCACUCCUACCUGUACCCAGGGUUCCAGGGGCUGGUGUCGGACAACGACACAAUCAGACUAGGCCUGGACUUCCAGAGGAUGCUGAGGAUCAACCACAUGCUCUACAUCGCUGCCAGGGAUCAUGUUUUUGCAGUAAACCUGACCACAGCUGGUGACGACUUCGUCCCCCAGCUGAAGCUGACAUGGAGGUCCAAGGAUGUGGCCAAGUGUACCGUGAGAGGUAGAAACAGCGAUGAAUGCUACAACUAUGUCAAAGUGCUGGUACCGCGGAACGACGAGACCCUAUUUGCUUGCGGCACUAAUGCCUUCAACCCCACCUGCCGUAACUACAAGAUGACCACCCUGGAGCAGGUUGGCGAAGAGGUGGUGGGUCAGGCGCGCUGUCCCUUCGAGUCGGGUCAAUCCAACCUCGGCCUCUUUGCUGGCGGUGAUUUCUACUCUGCCACCAUGACCGACUUCCUGGCCAGCGACGCUGUCAUCUAUCGUAGUCUUGGCGACGACAGCCCCGUCCUGCGAACCGUCAAGUACGACUCCAAGUGGCUCCGAGAGCCCCAUUUCCACCAUGCGAUCGAGUAUGGAAAUUAUGUCUACUUUUUCCUCAGUGAGAUUGCAGUGGAGUACACCACACUGGGCAAGGUGGUGUUCUCUCGUGUGGCGCGGGUGUGUAAGAACGACAAUGGCGGCUCUCCUCGGGUGCUAGAGCGCUACUGGACCUCCUUCCUGAAGGCGCGGCUCAACUGCUCGGUGCCCGGCGACUCGUUCUUUUACUUCGACGUGCUGCAGUCGCUCACCAACGUGCUACAGAUCAACCAGCGCCCCGCGGUGGUGGGAGUGUUUACUACGCAAGCUAACAGUAUCCCUGGCUCAGCAGUGUGUGCCUUCUACAUGGAUGACAUAGAGAAGGCCUUUAAUGGGAAGUUUAAGGAGCAGAAAACCAGUGACUCAGCCUGGACCCCAGUACCAGAGGAACAGGUGCCCAAGCCUAGACCUGGUUCCUGUGCCGGUGACGGCCUGGCCUCUGCCUACAAGUCGUCCACCACCUUCCCCGACGACACGUUGACCUUCAUCAAGUCUUACCCUCUGAUGGACGAGGCGGUGCCCUCCGUCAACGACCGGCCCUGCUUCACCCGCACCACCAGCAGGUACAAGCUGACUCAGAUUGCGGUGGACACCUCUGCCGGGCCGUCUAAAGACCGCACUGUGGUCUUCCUGGGCUCGGAGGAUGGCAGGGUCCUGAAGGUGUUGUCCAGCACUCAUCCUAACGCCUCCUUUGGCUCCCAGCUCCUGGAGGACAUAGAUGUGUAUAACCCCUCAAUGUGUAACAUUCAGGGGCAGGAGGACCGGAGGAUUCUGGGAAUGGAGCUGGAUAAGGACCAUCAUGCCUUGUUCGUGGCCUUCACCAGCUGUGUCAUCAGAGUACCACUCAGCCGCUGCACUGAGCACGGCGCCUGUAAAAAGAGUUGUCUGUCAUCCCGCGACCCGUACUGCAUCUGGCUCCGGACCGGGAGCUGUGCCAACAUGGCGCCAGGGUUCAAGGCUGGCUUUGAGCAGGAUAUCGAGGGAGACCACUCGCUGUACCCUGAGAACUGCCUUGCAGAUGUUCUGGCGACCAAGCGAAACCAGAACCCCGCGGCAGACUCAGCCUACGGUGUCCGAAGGCUCCCUGACAUGGAGAAGUCCAGCCCCAGCGUCCACUACACCCUCCUGAUCGCCUGCGUCCUGGUUGCCUUUUUCCUCGGUGCCAUCCUCUCCGGCUUCCUGGUGUCAUGCUACUGCAGUCACAAUGCCCGCCGUGCCCACCGGCUUGGCAAGGACCCUGAGGCAUCCCUCCACCCCGCCCUCUCGCUGCGCAGCCUGGCCAAGCUAAAUGGCCUGCUGGACGGCCAGCCGAAAGAGGAGAAGCUGGAUGUGUCUACGCCCAAGAUGUACAGCUCCUUCGUUCCCAACGGAAAGGAGCACACUCCGGGCAGGCACGGGAUGUCCCUGGGAGACCCUGACCUUAACCUCUCCCAGGGGGAGAACCUCUCGGGCCUACCCACCCCUGACUCCACCCCGGAGCUGCCGAUCAAGAACAUGAAGGCCUUCCGGAACCAGUGGGAGAGGAACCAGAACUGCAACAACGCAAAGGAGUCUAAGGCACCGCCUGGCACCGGUUUCGGCCUGGGUUCGUCGAGAUCCAGCUCGGGGGUCACCCAGCAGGUGUUCCCCUUCUCCCACAGCCUGACCAAUGGCCAAGCCCUCGGGCACCUGCCCGAGGAGAGGAAGAUCCCCAACGACGAGCGUGCAAAGGGGGCUUCGGCCUCCCAGUCCUCCUCCUGCUACCCGCAGACGGUUGUGGAUGUGGCGGCCCUGGACGAGCUCCUCAAGCACAUCCACGAGGUCAGCGCCUCAGGCAGCCACAGCAUCACUGUGCUGACCUCACCGUGUGCUCCCCUGCCGGGUAGCUCCAGCUCCAGCCAUAACCACAGUCACAGCCAGAGCAGCUUCAGAUCCCAGCCCCAGAUCCCCGAGACUGAGUCGGCCCAGUACUACAGCUCCUCCACCCUGCCCAGGGACAGUCUGACCCGCCGCCUGGACGUGCCCCCAGACGCUGCUGCCGCCUCCCCGCUGCAGCAGCAGUCCAUCCCCGAGCGGAGCUCAGUGACUCGCCACCACUCCCAGAGGCAUUUAAUGAUCAAGAUGGGCAACGGAGGGGCCGUCCCGCGCCAGCACAGCUUCAGACAGGGCGGGGUUGGGCCACCACCCCACCAGCUGCUCACCCGGAUCAACUCUGGAGGUGGUGGUGGUAGCGGCGGGGGAGGGGUUGGCUUUGAAGCCCACCGGCCACUCAUCCCCAGUGCCUGCCUGACACGGCAGCACAGCUACAGCGAACCGCCCCACCUCCACCGCGCCGCCAUUGUACGCCGCACUGCCUCCCUCAAGCCCCAGGUACCCCCCAAGCCCCUCUUCCUGCCCGCCACUUCGCCCGUAAACGAGCAAGGCAAUUACAACUACUGAGAGCUUGGAGUCGGACUGAGAGGCCCCAAAACGACAGACAAUGUAACCUCGCUCCUCUCAGAGUUAGGGCAACUCCCAUGUGACGGGGGGGGGGGGGUUAAGUGGGGUUCGAGAGGGCAACAACCGGGACUGGCAUAUCUUUUGACGAGACGGCCGACAAUAGCCUCCACACCUGAUGAAUGUCCUUAUACCAUAUUGGUAUUAUUGCAAUGCUACUUGAUCACAGGACAGUGAUGGAUUAACAGCAUAUAGAACAUGUGGUAGUAUUGAAUUGACUUGGAGGAUCUGUACCCUCGUUUGAGGCCAAAGAAUAGAGUAACAGGGGCCCAAAACUCAAUGUAAAGGACAGAUCGCCAGUCGGCCACCAAAGCUGUGAACAAUGCCUGCUUUAGCUUGGACCCAAGGCCACAACUUAAGAGAGCACCUCACAACACAAACAGUGCUCAUCCUGCCUGUAAUGUAUGUAUACUGUAUGCGUGUGUGUAUACAUGUAUAUGCACUUCAUGUUAAGAUACCAGAGGGCAGAACCAUGAAGCAGCUACAUUAACUGUGGUGAGAUGGUCAACUCCUAGCCAUUUCUUAACCCUCUUAUGACAGAGAUACCAUGGAGGCGCCACUCAGUACACACAUUCGGUAUAUACAUCCCUCGACGAGGGAUUUAGCAAUAACUUACCGUUGUGCAGUUAAGUAUCAACUGUACCCCUUGAUAUAAGGGUAAGUAUUAUACCUCUUGCAGCAUACCAUAAGAAAUGACCACUUUGAUAAUGCUUGGAAAAUUAUUAAUUCUGUAUUAGUGGAAUGAUGCUGAGGAACGAGACACAUGGCGUCAGUAUAGACCCAUCAUGCAUCAUAGCGUUACUAUUAUGUUUGUCCCUGGUGGAUGGGGGCUCCGCUAGCCUGUGACAGAAGGCCGCCUCGGGGCCUGAUGAGUUAGGAGAAUCCUUGCCCUGCAUUUGGAAUUCUUACUUUUUGGACAUAAAUGCUACGAUAACUCCAGAGGAAUUUAACAAGCCCCCAAUAUGACUGUCAUUGUCAUUCAAGAAGAGGAUGCAGUACACUGCAACCCCAAAAACAAUUUGUUUCAUCCUUAACACUUAGUGAGAAUUGGUUCCACAUUGAGGUGCAAUCAUUCAGGCUAUGUAUUAUAUUAGCAUUAUAAAAUUAUAUUUAAAAAGUCAAGUCUUAAAGCGGAGCCCCAAGAAAUCACUCAUGGGCACAUAGCGCCCUCUUAUGGACAAGCCCUUAAUAACUGUGUAAUAAAGUCAGUAAUUAUGUUUACCAUAUUGCUAUUAACAUUGUGGAUGUUGUUGUAAAUAAAGGCAUCUGUGGAAUAAUACUAGCCAAACUUUGAUUUGUAUGUGUUAAUGUGUGCCUUAUUUAAUAAUGUGGUGUGGAAAAGGGAAAAAAGUAUUGUUUUUGUCUCCAUCGUUCUGUUGUCAUUACAAAUUCAUUUCAAAUCUGUCCUCCUGCACGGACUCCAUUAUCAGAGGUUCUAUUUCUACUGACAGCUGUUUUAAAAAAUUGCAUUCGUCUUUUUUUUUUUUUUCAUGAAUUUUAAGCUUCUUUAUAUACUGUAUAUUUAAUGACAAAGGAGCUAGGUUGGAAAAGAUGAGUAGAUCUGAAAGUAUAUCAGCAAUGUUAGGUCUGUGUCAUGUUUUUUGAAAGAGCUCUCAAAUAUGUUUGAAAUGGUAUGGACAUAGGCUGAGGCAUUAACUCUGCUUUACAAAGAAAUUGUAUUUAAUAAGGGCUCUAUUCAGUCUAAAGCUGAAGCAUUACAGAUUCCGAUAGAAUUGUUAAGGUCAUUUCCCAUUGAGCCGACAUACGCAGCGCGAAUGCAGUGUCUGCUAAAGCGGGAAUAUUGCAUUUAAAUUUCAAUCACGCUGUAAAGCAGGAUUUUCGCACUGCGGAUUAAAUAUAGCCCCAAGUGUGGGGCGAAAGAGGCUAGCUGAGGGACUUGCAAAUGAAAAUGCUGCAAGAAGGGCUGGAUGGUUGAUGAUUGCCUGGUCCAACAAGUAUGCUAUUCAAAUGAAGCUCAGGAUUGUAGGACAUAAAGUAGGUGUCUGAAGAUGCCUGAAGUGAUGCCUACAGUGAGCUAACAGUGCCCAUAGGUUUAGUUAUUUCUUUGCUAUUACUGUAAAGGGAAAAUUCCAACCAAAAACUAUCUUUUGGUAUUUGUUUCAUUAGUCUAUUGUCGAUCUAGUCCCCAAAAUGUUUUGCAUGUCAGCAAUCAAGUUCAUACGGCUGUAUUUCUGUGUUUUUAAAGUUAUAGAUUAACUUGAUUGCUGACAGUCCCAAAAUGUUUGCAUAUGUCAACAAUGGACAAAUGAAACGAAUACCAAAAGCUAGUUUUGGGGUAGAAUUUUCCUUUAAAUAGAGAAAUAGCACCUGCAGCGUGUGUGUGUGCAAGGAACCAAGACUUUGUUUUACGUUGAGGUUAACAAGUGAGUUGAUUGAGUGUGUGAACUGGCACCUUCUCUGCCUCAAGUUGAACAGAAAUAUCAAAUAAUUCAAUGCUAAUGUCAAUUGCAAGACACGUCAUGAAAUGCCUACAACACUAAAACCACGUUAUCUAUAUCCCCUCAUCUGGCCACUUUGACAGAAAAAAAGUUGAGUUGGGUGCUAGAAUAGAUUCAUGUAAACUGGUUACGUUUGAGUACUGUAUGCCAAUAUUGAGUUUAUAUGCAAUGUUUGCGUUUUCAAUUGCUAUAAAAAUCCCUUCAGAAGAAUGCUCUCUGACAUACAUCUAAAAUGUAUUUCAUUUGACAUCUUAUUAAUGUAUCAUACCCCUCACUCACUUGACCAAUGAGGUUUACUCUUUUUGUAAAUAUAGCAAACCAGCAGUCACUUGCAUCUCCAUGGUGAUUUCAUUUAUUUUUACAAGUGGACUUCGCCCCAGAUGCUCCUAAAUUCUAUUAAACAGAGCUGUAUGUCCGCUACAAUUAAAGAUAUCUAAUAAAAGGAU